GCCCAAGCGAGUAAAUAAUGCUGAUUUUUCAUACUUCCCGAUCUUGCCUGUCUGUUCCACAGUAGUAGCAGAGGUGUGUAGGAUCUGUGGGGUCUGUUUGCAGGUAGGCACGUGUGGUGCUGGUAGCUGCUGCAAGUAUUUUGACAGUAAUGUGCCUUUUUGAAUGUUGGUGGAUCAGAUGCGAACGGGGACAGGGUAGCAUUGGGGCAGGUGGUGGGAUUGGGAACUGUACAAUAAGAUGACAAUUUGAGUUUCUGUUGAAAUCUUCCAAGGCAGGAAGCCUUUCUAGCCUAUGGGCUUUAGAUAAAACUGCCAGCCUCUAAUUUUUGUCACUUAGUGCUUUUUAAUUAGCCAGGGACAUUCUCUUCUAAAUGUUUGAGGGCGUGGUUCUUUCCCAGCGGCACACCCACGUGUCUUGGCACAGUGCAUCUCCGGUAAUGUCUUCUUGCUUAAUGCUGGUGAGGAGUUUGUAAACACAGCAAAUCCCGUUGUCAUCAGUCUGUAGGGGGCCGUGUUGGUUCUGCCUCGGUGCGUACAUACCAGCAAAAACAACAGGUGUUGUGAGGAGAAUGCUUAAUGAUUUGGCCUGAAAUGUGUUAUGAGAUAAAUUCUUGGACUGAAAAUAAUUUGGUUUUGUUUGUUUAAUGAUGAUUUCCGAUAAAGGACUUGGGUUUUGAUAACGUUCUUACAAAUUAUUUUCUCAACAGUUUCCGUAUGCAUGGAUGUCACCUGAACCUUCUUAGCAGACCUUAAAUUGUGUGUCAGCUUACCCUAGCCAUGAGUGGCUCCAAACCUGAUAUCCUGUGGGCCCCACACCACGUUGACAGAUUUGUUGUGUGCGAUUCAGAGCUGAGCCUGUAUCACAUUGACUCUGCUGUGAGCUCGGAGCUCAAGGCAGGGUCCCUGCGGCUGUCGGAGGAGACUACGGCCACGCUGCUGUCCAUAAACUCGGACACUCCCUACAUGAAAUGUGUGGCUUGGUAUCCCAAGUAUGAUCCCGAGUGUCUCCUUGCUGUUGGACAGGCCAAUGGCCGAGUGGUGCUUACCAGCCUGGGGCAAGAUCACAACUCCAAAUCCAAAGAUUUGAUAGGCAAGGAGUUUGUUCCCAAGCACGCUCGGCAGUGCAAUACCCUGGCCUGGAACCCCCUGGACAGCAACUGGCUUGCUGCUGGGCUGGAUAAACAUCGGGCUGACUUUUCUGUGCUGAUCUGGGACAUCAGCAGCAAAUAUGCCCCAGAGACUGCAGUUGCUACAGAGAAAGUGAGGCUUUCAGCAGGAGAUGCAGAGGCAGGCCUGGUAGUUACAAAACCACUGUAUGAAUUAGGGCAGAAUGAUGCUUGUCUCUCUCUCUGUUGGCUUCCACGGGAUCAGAAACUGCUCUUAGCUGGAAUGCAUCGAAAUCUGGCUAUCUUUGAUCUUAGGAACACAAGCCAAAAAAUAUUUGUAAACACCAAGGCUGUCCAAGGAGUGACUGUUGAUCCCUAUUUCCACGAUCGUGUUGCUUCCUUCUAUGAAGGUCAGGUUGCCAUAUGGGAUUUAAGAAAGUUUGAAAAGCCUGUUUUGACCCUGACAGAGCAACCAAAACCCUUAACAAAAGUUGCAUGGUGUCCAACAAGGACUGGACUGUUAGCUACUUUAACAAGGGAUAGUAACAUCAUUAGACUGUAUGACAUGCAGCAUACUCCCACCCCUAUUGGAGAUGAAACUGAGCCAACAAUAAUUGAGAGAAGUGUCCAGCCAUGUGAAAAUUACAUUGCUUCAUUUGCCUGGCAUCCCACAAGCCAGAACCGAAUGGUGGUAGUGACUCCCAACAGGACUAUGUCUGACUUCACUGUUUUUGAAAGAAUUUCUCUUGCAUGGAGCCCAGUGACAUCCUUAAUGUGGGCCUGUGGACGACAUUUGUAUGAGUGUACAGAAGAGGGAAAGGCUAGCUCCUUGGAAAAAGACAUUGCAACCAAAAUGCGCCUCAGAGCUCUCUCACGGUAUGGUCUUGAUACUGAACAAGUUUGGAGAAAUCACCUCCUAGCUGGAAAUGAAGAUCCUCAGCUGAAGUCCCUUUGGUACACUCUGCAUUUUAUGAAGCAGUAUACUGAAGAUAUGGAUCAAAAACUUACAGGAAACAAAGGUCCCUUAGUUUACACUGGCAUUAAAUCAAUUGUGAAGUCAUCUUUGGGAACAACGGAGAACCUCAGGCACAGCAGGAGUGGAUCUGAUAGACAGGCAGAUAUUAUUCAGUAUCUGAGUGAGGAGAGAUCUUUGGCUUUGCAGCUCUGUGGGUGGAUAAAGAAGGGAACAGACUUAGAUGUGGAACCUUUCCUAAAUUCAUUGGAACAGGAGGGAGACUGGGAGCGAGCUGCUGCUGUAGCACUUUUCAACUUGGACAUACGGCGAGCAAUACAAAUUCUGAAUAAAGGGGCUUCCUCAGGAAAAGGUGAUCUGAACCUUAAUGUUGUAGCAAUGGCUCUGUCAGGCUACACAGAUGAGAAGAACUCACUUUGGAGAGAAAUGUGCAGUACUCUGAGACUGCAGUUGAACAAUCCCUACUUGUGUGCUAUGUUUGCUUUCCUGACGAGUGAGUCUGGUUCAUAUGAUGGUGUUUUGUAUGAGAAUAACGUCGCUGUACGAGACAGAGUGGCAUUUGCUUGCAAGUUCCUCAACGAUGCUCAGCUCAACAGGUUUAUUGAAAAGCUGACAAAUGAAAUGAAAGAGGCUGGGAAUUUGGAGGGAAUACUGUUAACAGGGCUGACAAAAGAUGGAGUUGACUUGAUGGAAAGUUAUGUUGAUAGAACUGGAGAUGUCCAGACGGCAAGCUAUUGCAUGCUGCAGGGUUCUCCAUCAGAUGUACUUAAGGAUGAAAGGGUUCAGUACUGGAUUGAGAACUACAGGAAUCUUUUAGAUGCCUGGAGGUUUUGGCAUAAACGUGCAGAAUUUGAUAUUCAUAGGAGUAAGCUGGAUCCCAGCUCAAAGCCUUUAGCCCAGGUGUUUGUGAGUUGCAAUUUCUGUGGGAAAUCAAUCUCUUACAGCUGCUCAGCUAUUCCUCACCAGGGGCGCGGUUUUAGCCAGUAUGGAGUCAGCGGUUCCCCCACCAAGUCCAAAGUUACGAGCUGUCCUGGUUGCCGUAAGCCCCUUCCCCGUUGUGCACUUUGCCUGAUAAAUAUGGGAACACCAGUUUCCAGCUGUCCAGGAGGAUCCAAGUCAGAUGAAAAAGUGGAUCUUAGCAAAGACAAGAAGUUAGCCCAAUUCAACAACUGGUUUACUUGGUGUCACAACUGUAGGCAUGGUGGACAUGCUGGACAUAUGCUGAGCUGGUUCAGGGACCAUACUGAGUGCCCAGUUUCUGCCUGCUCUUGUAAGUGUAUGCAGCUGGAUACAACAGGGAAUCUCGUUCCAGCAGAGACUGUCCAGGCAUAAAUACUGUUAGAAAAUGUGUGGCUCUCUGAUGGAUGUCCAUCAUAGUCCAAGCAGAUAUUUUAGACAAGGUAAUUUGUGACUUACUAUGAAAAAAUAAAUUGCUAUCAAAGUAGUAAAAUGAUGUGUGUAUGACUGCUUGGUAGAAACAGGUAUUCCUGAAGUGAGCCUAUAGGUACAGUGCAUGGCCCUUAUUUAGAGGACUGAAGAAAAGCACUCCUGGAAUUGUGGACUCUUUGAAUUUGCUAAAAUGCAAAGAAGACCUUUAUUUAAAAAGUUUUCAUGAUAAUGCUGAUUGGUCCCAAAGCUGAAUUUAUAUGCUGUGAAAGCAGACCUUCAAAAUAAACACUUGAAAAGAAGAUGGCAAAGUUAUGCUAUGGAUUCCUCUGUUCAUUGUUUGAUCACUGUCUUGCAUGCAAAUGUUUGUUUGUUUCCUUGUAAGUUUAUUUAAACUGCCACUGCUAACUGCCUUCUAAACAUUUUUAUUUUAAAGAAAAAUUCUUUUCUUUCUGUUCCCAGGUUUUGUUGCUAGUAAAGCAAUGUCUUUACAAUUCAAGUUCUUACUUAACUAGGCUACAUAUCUAGCUGAUGCAGAUUUUAAUGCUGAAGAAUUUGGGGGUUUUCUCUCCUAGUGAUGACUGUAUCUUAGAGAAGAGUUCCCUGUGAAGUCAUGUGACUGUUUCAGUGCAGAGUGCAGGUAAACUAUAGGAGGUUGUAUCUGAUAAAUUUUUAAUUUAGUACUGUGAAAAUCUGAAAUCUCAAGGACUGGAGACUUGUAAAUAUGUAAGUUUUAAACUACGUCAAGUUUUGACUGCAAAGAUAUUUGAAGACUUUGAGAUAAUCAGCAUUUCCCUGUACUUCUGAAAUACAUUGGGAAGUGUGGAAUCAACCUGUAUAAAUCCUGCUUCUGGUCACUAGUGGACAUCCAUCUGCUCCCAGUUUUGAGUAAUUGAUCAGAGUACUUCUAGAUGUGUUACCAGCUGGAAUUAAGAUUAUUUAUUAACUUGAGAGAACAUCAAUGAUAUUUUGAUAAUACUGUGCUCGGAGCUAAUUGGUAUUGUUGUCCUUGACUUUGUAGGCAACAUUCACACAAAUUAGGGAAAAAAACAAACCUGUUUUAAGGUAUGUGAUAAUAACAUCAGUUUACUUGGUGUGUGUUUAUUUACAGUAUGUGAGUUACUCAACACUUGUUGCUAUGAAAUAUGAAGUGGAAUGCUAGCAAUAAACUGGUACUAUUUGCCAGGACUGUGAAAAUUGGUGUUUCAAAGAGAAUAUAUUGUAAUAUACCACUAGUUCUAUGUGCUCUAGUGUAGUUUCAAGAAGAUAAAAUGUGGAAAUGUACAAGAUGUACAUGUACUGUGGACGUACAAGAUUACAUUCAGGACUUUGGGUUAUAUUUUCUGAGUUAGCAUAAAUGUUGUAACACAUCGGCUGCAUUUAUUUUGAUCUAAAAUUGGCAAAGACAAUUUUUAAAGUUAAAAAUCUAAGAGGUACUUGGUAUUUCUAGGCAUGGGAGAGCAGUUCCUUUUUUUUCUUUUUAGAAUAUUUAUUUCUCAUUCCAGUAUUUUUGCACACUUCACAUUGCUGUUGAAGAGUUCUUCAAAAUGUUCUCCAUUUAUAAAUGUAAACUGGGGCUUACUGUAUGAUACCCUAUUUAUAUAAAUACAGGCAAUAAAGGUUUUGGUUUAUGUAAAUGAGGA